AUGGCUCAGCGUAGUACGGGGAGGGAUCUCAGCGCGGGGCGAAAGCAGGAACAGUGCGGGACCAGGCGGAGGGCGGAGGGCGACGAGAGGGAUCCCGCGGUGAGGAAGGGGAUUGGGGAAGGCAACGGGGCGGGGGAGCGGAGAGCGCGCGCGAGCGAGGGCUGGAAGAGAGGGAUGGCAGGGACGCAUGGCGUGCAGAAGGGGGGUGGGGCGGCGGGCGCACUGGCGCAUCCUGGGACGCGCGGAGCCGAGGGGGAAGAGGCAGGGCGGGAUCGUCCGCGUCGUGGGGCCGAGGGGGAAGAGGCGCAGGCGAGCGAGGCAGGGGACGGGGAGGGCGCGGAGGAGGAGGAGCUGCCGGCGGGGUCGUUCGUGCUGCCCGACCCCGAGGCGGACGGCGGGGCGGACGGCGUUCUCGUGGUGGGCGUCGAGGGCCGCCCCCCCGCGCUCUCCCCGCGCGACCUCGUGUGGGCGCGCGCGCGCCGCGUGCGGUCAGGCGUGGUGAGCGACGCGCGGUGGUGGACCGUGAUGGAUGGCGACCGACUCGUGGGGGAGGGCGAGGGGGACGCGGGGGACGACGGGGACGAGGGGGAGGGGGAGGAAGGGGGGGCUUUUGGGAGGGCAGGAGUGAUGGAGGGAGAUGAGGGGAGGGGACGGGAGGGGAGGGGGGCAGAGCGCGGGGACGAGUCGGACACAGCGGAGGAGGUGGAGGUGGAAAUACCUGGGCAGGGGGGAGGGUGGGGGGGAGAGGAUGAGGCGGAAGGGCGAGAGGGCAUGAGGGCAGGGAGGAGGGGCGAGGAGGGGCCGGGCGGUAGGCGAGUGAGGGGCGUGCGGCUGUUCGGGCGGGACUUUGGGCGCAGCCAGGCGGGCAAGGGGAGGGACGGUGACGAAGAUGCCAACCUGUCCGCGCGGAGUGGCGUGGCAACAGCACUUGCUGACGUGGCGGCAUUGAGCGGUGGUGGUGACAGCAGGCAGAGGCGUGGUGGGCUGGGGCGCGGAGGAGGUGCGUGGCGCUGGGAGGAGGAGGAGGAAGAGGAGGAGGAAGAGGAGGAGGAGGAGCGAGGGGAGUGGGCGAGUGGCGAGGAGUGGGCGCGGUACGGCAUGGAGGCGCCGUUUGAAGGCAUCAUUGAGCUGGAUGGCGAUGGCGAUGGCGAUGAUGAUGAUGGUGGUGCUGGUGGUGGUGCGUGGGGGGGGGGCGCACCGGGCAGGGCGGGCAGGAAGCGGCAGGAGGGAGCAGCAGGCGGGGUGGGCGGGGGUGCCAGCGUGCUGGAUGCGCUGCGCCGACAGGUGGUGCCCCGGGGCGGGGAGGCGGACGAGGGGCGGGGUGGGGGCAAGGCAGACAAGGGGGAGAAGGGGAAGGAGGCGAGCAAGGAGAGUGGCGGGCGGGAUGCAGCAACAGCAGCAGGCAGCAGGGCAUCAGAUGCGUCUGGCGCGGGCAGGGCAGGGGGGGGGGCGGUGGUGGCGCCCUCACAGCGCGACAACUACGACCCCGCGCUGGCGGACCAGUUCUUCAGCCGCUCCUCCUUCGCCCAACUCGGCGCCUCCCCUGCCGCCCUCUCUGCCCUCCACGCGCUUGGCAUCACCCGCCCCUCACACAUCCAGGCAGCGGCGUUCCCCUAUGUGGUGCGCGGGGCGGACUGCAUCGUGGCGGACCAGACGGGCUCCGGCAAGACGCUCGCCUACCUGCUGCCGCUGCUGCACCGCCUCAAGGCCCACGAGCUCGCCCGUGCUGCGGGCAGCGAUGGGGGCAGCGGAGAGGGGCAGGGCAGGGAAGGGGCGGGCGGAGUGCGUGUGGGAGCAGCACCCAAGCGACCGGCGGCGAUUGUGUUGGUGCCCACCACUGAGCUGGCGAACCAGGUGGUGCGGGUGGCGCGGCAGCUGUCAGCGGGCGGCAUGAAGGUGCGGUCGGUGGCGGUGACGGGCGGGCACCGGUGGCGCACGCAGGUGGAGGCACUGGCGGGCGGCGUGGACGUGGUGGUGGGCACGCCUGGCCGCGUGCUGCAACACCUCGACGCCGGCUCCAUGCUGCUGGACGAUGUCAUGUGUGUGGUGGUGGACGAGGCGGACAUCAUGUUUGACGACCAUGACUUCAGUGCCGCCCUCAAGCCCAUCCGCAUGGGGUGCUCACGUGCAUGCCAGGUGGUGCACGUCACGGCCACACUGCCAGCGGACGUGCACCAGCAGCUGCUGCAAGAGUACCCCACCGCCGUCUCCCUCAUCGGCCCCUCGCUGCACCUCACCUCCUCCGGCCUCCAGGAGGUGCUGGUGGACUGCUCGCAGCCGCAGGGCGAGCAGCGGUCGGAGGAGGGCGGCUUUGCACGCAAGCGGGCGGCGCUGCUGCAGAUCGUGGGGGCGGGCAGGGGCAGGCGCAGGGGGGACGCGGAGGGGGAGGGGGAGGAGGGGAGCGUGGGUGCAGUGGGAGGAGGGGAGGACAGCAGCGUUGGCUCAAAGAAGACGAUUGUCUUCUGCAACAAGAUAGAGACGUGUCGGCGCGUGGAGAACGUGUUGGUGAGGGCGGACCGCCAGCAGCGCCGCUACAGGGUGCUCGUGUGCCACGCGGGCAUUGCCCCCGACGCGCGCCGCCACGCCUUGGAGCAGCUGCUCGCGCCUAACCCACCAUUGCCGCUCAUCCUUGUCUGCACUGACCGGGCGUCGCGCGGCAUAGACAGCAUCGACGUGGACCGAGUGGUGCUCUUUGACUUCCCGCGCGAUCCCAGUGAGUACGUGCGCCGCGUGGGCCGCACGGCCAGGGGAGCGGGCGGCACGGGCACAGUGUACGUGUUCGUGCAGGGCGGGCAGGUGGGGCUGGCUCGCCGCAUCAUGACCCGCAACGACCGCGGGCUGCCCGUGCAUGAGGUUCCCGACAGCUUCUUCUGA